AGAGACUCAACGUUACGUCGCUCGGAAAUGGCAAGUGACGAAGUGGUAGUCGAAAGUUUGUUGAAGAUAGUUUGUUGUCUUUUAACAUUUCACAGUAUAAUAGGAGACAUAUAGUCGAAUAAUAUAUUAGGACAUAACGUCAGGAUAUUAGAGGUGUUGACAUAGUGCGAAUUGACCUUUUUGACUCGGUUGUUCGUUCUAAGGAAGCGGUCGGUCGCGAGAUAAAUGGUCAAGAAGUUUUCUCGAAUUGAAAAGAAAAACCACCACGGGAGGGUUUGAACGUUUCACUUUUCCGUAGGUAGAAACGUUGAAGAAAUGACGAAUAGAGAAGACGAAUAUGACUAUCUUUUCAAAGUGGUGCUGAUUGGGGACUCUGGAGUGGGGAAGAGUAACCUGCUGUCCCGCUUCACCCGCAACGAGUUCAGCCUGGAGAGCAAGAGCACCAUUGGGGUGGAGUUUGCCACGCGCAGCAUCCAUGUGGAGGGCAAGACCGUCAAGGCCCAGAUCUGGGACACGGCAGGACAGGAGCGCUACAGAGCCAUCACCUCCGCGUACUACCGUGGGGCAGUGGGGGCUCUGCUGGUGUACGACAUCGCCAAGCACCUGACGUAUGAAAACGCUGAACGCUGGUUGAAGGAGCUGCAGGACCACGCUGACAGCAACAUCGUCAUCAUGCUGGUGGGCAACAAGAGUGACCUGCGCCACCUCAGGGCCGUGCCCACGGACGAGGCCAAGGCCUUGGCAGAGAAGCAUGGACUGUCUUUCCUGGAGACCUCGGCGUUAGACUCCUCUAAUGUGGAGCUGGCUUUCCAGACCACUCUCACAGCCAUCUACAACAUCGUGUCCCAGAGGCAGAUGUCGGGCCGCAGCGACGCCGACUUCUCGCCCAACUCCAAUGUGGUGCCGAUCACGGUGCAGCCCACGCAGAACGCUGCCAAGUCGAGUGCCUGCUGCCAGAACAACUGAGGCCUCGCCACCGCCAGGGAGAGUCAGGGACAGACAGGUAGACUGGGGAGGGAGGACUGGGAGACAAGGAGGAGAAACCGAGAGACAAGGAUACAGGCAGACAGAAACAGGGGGAGUGAUACAAAGGGAGGCAAAAGGACAGAAAGACAGGCAGACAAAGGGGGGCAGCCAGAUGUUUCCAUAGCCUCUGUUUGCGUUGUUUCCUCUGAGAAGUCUGUCCCGAUCUAAUUCAAUAAGCUUUAUGGUUACGCCUUGGCUUGAUCGGUUUUAAAUAUGAAAAAGGACUUGAAUUGAAUUCAUUUAUAUUGAGAAAUUGAGCAUGUUAGGGUAUGGUCCGCCAUAUCUUUCCACAGUUUUUGUCUCACUCAUUGUGAACUGAUCCCCCAUUGUCAGCUCAAUUUAAUAAGCCUGUGAACACACCCAAUUCCCCAGAACAGAAAAGGGGCAAUAACCCCCCCCCCCCAUUGUCAGUCAGCUCCUCCCAAACGUAUUUGAGUUUGUCCCAAUGAUAUUUAUUUAACACUAUAUUGAGGUCUUGUUUGACCAAAGGGUUUGUGCUAACAUGCAACACUGGGUGGUUUUGAUCUGAAGCUGCUUACUAUAUAUGAAGGGUGUCCUCUCUCUUUCUGUUCUUGAUUUCACUGGUAAUCAAAUCCUUUUAUGAUAGCCAAGGGUAGUUCCAUUUAAUGACUAAUGGGGAAACGAGGAGGUAAGCCAUCUCAAAUGUACCUGGUCAAAUAUGUCAGGCCAAUCUAAACUGCACAAAAUGGGGGUCCGUGGAGGUAACUUUUCAUGUCCAUUUUAUCAGUGCACUUCGACUUCCCUUUAAGUUAUUACACAGAAUAAAGUUUGCUCUUCAGAUUUUUUUUGUGAUCAACAUUUUCACCCCUCCUCCCUCAAACCCAUUACAAAGUACUUUGUGCACAGCAAUAUUUCUCACAUAGGCCUAUGUCUUUUUUGCAAACCCAGUCUUGCUCUUUUGGGUGUUUUUCUGUUUAACUGAAUUGCUGUCGCUUUCCCCAUGGCUGUGUAGAUAUGGGAGGGUGAUGAGGGGAUAUUGGUUGGAGGGGUGGUGGUCAUAAACCAUGGUCUCUGAGUGGAGCCCUCCCUGCUGCCUGCUGUCCUGGAUGGAUGGACAGCUCAUGUUGCAGGAGAUGGGUAGUAAGGGCACUCAGCCUUGCCCGCUGCUGGGUCUCUGAUGUACACAAGAUGGCUUGUUUUACUGUAAAUGAACUCCUCCACUGCCCACCCCCCCUUAUCCACUGUAUGUAACUGGAACAGUAUAAUGCCUUCUGGGAUAUCUCUUAAGAGUGUCCCAGGUCUCUUUUUAUGGUUAUAUUUUCUGUUUUUUCUGGGUGUGUGUAGUUCUGUCAGUAGGUUGGUAAGAGUAAGCACUAGGGAGGAUACUAGCCCUUAUAGAUCUGCUAGUUUGGCAAAAGAGGGGAGGUGUGGGGAAAGUUUCAGUGUGCCUUUACCACAGCCGAAGGUCAACAGUGUAAACAGUCAUUAUCCUGCUGAGUUCUUUUCCCCAACAACACUGCUUUUUUCCUUGUGGCAUUCCCAAUAGUACAUUGGGUGGUGAAGGUUAGAGGUUUUAAAUGUUAAUUCUCGUGUAUAUUUGGAUUGCAUAUGUAUAAAUAAAUUUCAUUUCUUAAGUCUUGCUCCUUUAUUUUAUGCCUUAAUCAUAUGCCUUAUUUGUACCUACUUUUUCAUUGAAAAAUCACAUACUGUGGAAUUACUGUAUGGUACUUUGGCUACACUUAACUUAUGGUACUCAGUUUGCUAUUUCACAACUGCAACUUUUUUUUAAAUACUCAUAAGACAAAGCAAAAUCCAUCGGAGAUGAUUUCAUUUUUGUUUUAUUAGAAACAUUUACAAUACAUCUUUGAAAAAAUAACAGAAACCAAAACUAAUAUGGUGCAGAUACAAUAAUAAAAUGUCAAAGAAAUUAUUCACAAAAACAUGUGCUAAGAAAUAAACCUGCAAUAUCACAUGCCUCUUGUGGGCAUGACACACUGUAACAGUUCAAAGAAUACUUUUUAUUUUAUCAAAGUGACGGCCAGCCACAUGGCAAACCCUCUCUCACUGAUCACAGAGAAACCAGAAACUAAAGCCAGGAGAUGCUGACCCAAAACUAAUGCACUAAGACCACUAUAAGACCGGUAUGAAACACUUCUACGGUGCCGGGAGAAUCUGAAGAAACACUACCAAAGACAAACUGUCAGACUGCAAUGGGCCCCUUCAGAAGAGGACGACGUUAAGGCCGGAAGGUCAUUUCAGUUCCCAUGCUUCUGUCAGUGGUGGCGGAAAAUAUACCGUCCUGACAUGUUGAAUUGUACGACAAAGGUUCACUUUUAACUACCUAGUAUUGAGAUUAAAUGAAUUCAUUUUAGGUUCAUCCAUAUGUGAAGGACUGACAACCAAGCUUUCUUCCCCUUUUAUAGAACUGGGAUGAGAAAAUGAAAAGGGUAAAAUACUGACAGUCUCACAUGGGGACUGAAAUGGCCUCUCUUUGCUUCACAUGAACCACUUGUCCUUUUUUCUGUUUCUGAAGAGGCGCCAACUAUGAAAAUCUACAAGGACCAAACAGCCCCAGACCCCUUGUGUUAAAACAAAACACAUAGGAUCUGUGGUGUUUAUCCAGUCUAGGUGACCAUACAAGAUACAUGCAAACUAGUACGGAUAUGAAUGUGUUGGUGUGUGUGUGGCUGGUUACCAUAGAUCUACUACACAGUGUGCCUAUGUGCUAAACUAUUGAUCACUCAGCUCAGUUCUCACCCUGUCAUGUUUUCACGAAGAAACUUGAGCCCAAUUUUAAGGUAAUCAUUCAUUAAGGCUUUGAUGAUGUCCUCUCUUGCCUUACCAAUCACAAAGGGUCCCAAGUUGUAGACAUAUGAAUGUGUGUGGAUCUGUAUACGUUACAUGUGCCCCUGUGGGACACCUGAAUCACUCGUUCUCAGCAUUGUAAUCACAACUGAAGCUGUGUUCGCAUAAAAAGUUAGAGAUUAAUAAAAGCAAGUUAAGACUCCAGAGGAAAUGUGUAAUGGGGCCCGUCAGUAUGGGGUUAGUCAAAGGGGAAAAGGUAAGCAACCAGCAUUGAGAAAGAGUGCUGAUGCAAGAAAUUAAUGUGUAAUUGAGGCACAAAAUUGAUGCUCAGUGACUAAAAUACCUCAAAAUCCUAAAAAUAUUUAUAUUAUUUUCUGUCAUAAUUCCACUGUGAAUGCACUGGUGUUCUUUGAAAUAGUGCAUAUCGGAAGUUAAAAUAUAAGCUAUGGGGAACCCACAUCAACUCUUAUUUCAUUUACAAUGAAAUACAGUGUGGAGGUGAGUCCAUAACUUUCAUAAAUAAAACUUAUUUUAUUUUUUUAACCGUUAGUAGAAACCAACUUUCCUGUGUUUAGAAAUAUAUUAACUUCUUGUAUUUUUAAUUAAAAAACAAAUUUCUUGAGGUUACUCAUAAAUAUGUUUUCUUCAUUUUAAGAUUUUCAUAAAUAACAUCCAGAAACUGACUUAUUCCUCGUCUUUCUAUGAAAUAAUAACCCAUGUUAGCAAAAUAGAUUUAAGAAACUGUAAUAAGAUUACUUUUUUAAAGUUGCUUUCUAUAAAUGUAUGUGGAAGAACUCAAAUAUAGUCUGCGGUGAAACCUUCUCACAAAUUCUUUCCAGCUCACUUUAAAAUUGAUCAACCAUAAGGUAAAAGGAGUGCACUGGUAAUUUAUUUUACAUUCAAAUGCAUUACUUGCUCAUCUUGUGAUUAUGAUAGGUCAGAAAUAAUUGCUUAAGCGCAUCAAUUUAAAGGAUUUCCUAUCACUCCUUGAAAGGGGCGCUACUAUUAUUAUACAUAAUGCAUAACGAGUUGUACAUUUGUUAAAGAGACGAAAACUGUUCAGUUUCUACGGUUACUAUUAUAGUAUGCUUAAUUUAUUGUAAAGAACACUAUCAAUUGAAGAAAAUAGUUAAUGAAAUAGACAUCCCCCUAAGAGUUAUCUCACCGCCAUCUUUGUUUCUCCGCUAAAUGAAGUGGAGUACUUCCUAUACUGGGUGAGUGGGUGCAUAUAUCAAGCUAUGCCUCAUCUUAUAAGACAGUCAUUAUUUUAAUUUCUAUAUCAAUUACACCUCAAGGUAAAUAUAUGGAAUUAAAUAUAUGUCCAUCUUAAUUUCUUUUAAAGCUUUUUAUACACCUUGUGGUUAUGUUGAUGAGAUAUGUUAAUGCCAUGGGAUCUUCAUUUUACUGUUACUCUUAUGUACUGUACUAAACUUCAGCUAUCAUACUUCAACAUGGAGAAUAAAGUUAACUAUAAACAAUAUUAAAUUAAAACCACAGUAUUCUUUUUGAACUCUAACAAAAGUACUGCAGGGUAUUUGUAUAAUCUUAACAACUUUCUUAUGCAUUAUUCAACUAUUGUUCAGUCUGGGGUCUUUGAGACGAAUCUAGCCCUUCAGCUGCAAUUCAACAUGAAUUUUAACAGAAUUGUAAACAAAUACAAAUCUCUACCCCUUCUUUUUCUCAUUUAGUAUGUGUUCCUGCCCCAUUCUGAAGAGACAUCAGCUUUCCAAGACAA